UCCAAAUACGACCAUAUAUAGCUGCCGCCGUUGAAUUAGCCGGCCUGUUCUGUUUAAUACUUUUGUUUCUGCUCUUUUGUAUCUUUAAUGAAUAAGCCGACCGAAUGCACUUCUUCUUCUUCUUCCCCGUUUGCCUUUUCAUGGUUAAUGUGGUGCAAAUAUUUGUAAAUAAUGGGCCAAGGCUAUUCUUCCUCUUGGCCUGGACAGGGUCGUAGUGGAGACCUCAGCCUGGAAUUGCCCGACGAUUGCUUGGCGUUGAUAUUCGGAAACCUCGGGUGUCAUGACCGGAACAACUGCUCACUCGUAUGCAAGCGUUGGAAACAUGUGGAUUCCAAGUCAAGGCAACGGCUCAUUUUGGUUGCUCGCUCGGAGAUUUCUCUUUGGUUCCCUUCGCUUUUCACUCGGUUCAGCUCGGUCUCGGUCCUCUCCCUCAAAUGCUCCCGUAAGCUUGUUAGCGUAGACAAUGAUGCCUUGGCUCGCAUUCCGACCCUGCUGCCUUCUUUAAAGAAGCUUAAGCUCAAGGGCUGUGUCGACAUUACCGACACUGGUCUCGUUACAUUCUCCCUGCACCAUCCACCUCUGCUCAGUAAACUCUCCUUCGCUUCUUGCGGGAUCGGUAGCAGAGGUGUUGUUUCUCUUCUCAUAAACUGCCCGUCUCUUAAAGACCUCACGCUAAAACGUCUCCGGAAGCUUGACGCGGAAGGCACUCCUUUGUCAUUCGAGCACCAAUCAUGCUUCGAAACUAAAUCGAACACCAACGAUUGCUAUAGUUAUGCUAAGCUUGAGAGGUUAUGCCUCAAGGAUCUUCACAAUGCUCGCCUUUUCAUUCCACUUCUCGGCUCGUCUGCUCAGACGCUUAAGACCCUGAUCGUGUGUCGGAGUUCGGGGAACUGGGAUUCGGUUCUGCAGAGCCUUCAGACUACUAGUACUAGCAUUGUGGAGAUACAAAUGGAUAAUGUGCAACUGGGGGAUCCAGGCCUUGUUGCAAUCUCCAGCUAUUGUCCUCGCCUUCAGGUACUCUACCUCAGCAGAGCUACCGAUUGCACCGACAACGGAUUGUCUGCCAUCUCCAACUCCUGUAGGCAGCUCCGGAAGCUACACAUCGAUUCGUGGAGCAGGUUCGGCGGCCGGGCCAUCAGCGAGGAAGGCUUCUUGUCAAUUGCAACAAAAUGCUCUUGCCUUCAAGAGGUAGUACUCAUGGGAGUGGCCAUCACUGUCAUCUCACUCAAUGCCCUUGCUACAAGCUGCCCUGUGCUCGAAAGAAUGGCACUUUGUAACACCGACUCGGUAGGGGACUUGGAGAUGCAAUUCAUCGGUUAUAAGUUCAAUGCGCUUAAGAAGCUGUGCAUUAAGAACUGCCCUAUCUCCGAUACCGGUAUCAAAGCCGUAGGCGAAGGGUGUGCGAGUCUAGUGAAGUUGAAGGUGAAGAGAUGCCGAGGGGUGACGAAGGAAAGCGUGUGGAAGCUAAGUAUGAGGAGGAGACGUUUGAUCGUAUCGGUCGAUAAUGGGUCGAUGUUGUUGGCCGACGAUGAAAUGGUGUUGGCUCCAAAGAGGGCUUCAACUUCAAGCUCAAGGACACAUGACGUGAACGUGAUUUGCGGCAGCAGAGGCGCUCUCUUGCUCAGGUCUCGGUUUGAGCAUGCUCUACGCUUUAACAACAAUAACAGAAGAAGACCCAAUUGAUGCACACAAUUCGCAUCUGUCCUUUCUUGUUUUUACAUCCUUUUCCUGCCAAAUUUGGAUUGAUUUUGAUUUGUUUUGUUCUUUCUAUAUGUUUUUGUCUUCUGGUCUAAGCAAUUCAUCCA